UCUCAGCAGCAUGGAAGGGCGAUAACUGCAGACUGGGAGAUUGUGUGGACGAAGUUGAGGACUGAGGUGAUUACAGGCAAGCCCCAUGCCAACACGGUAGCCUCCUGUCGUUCUGGCUCCUAGAGCCUACAGUUUGAAUGACAUACCUUUACAAGAGCAAAAAUGAAAUUAGAAACAUUUGAAAUCCACUUCGAAAACCCUCGGGGAGUUUUUUCAGCAGGAGAUCAAGUGAAAGGACAUGUAAUUGUGAAGCUGCGCAACCCAAUGAAAAUUAGAAAAAUAAGUCUCUACUUCGAAGGGAGAUCAAAAUCUCAUUGGGAAGUUCGGCAUGGACGUAGCAAGACUGACUAUAGGGCGAACGAAACAUAUAUUUGUGAGACUUUUGAACUUUAUGAUAUGGGACAAGGAGGGGCAGAUCACCCUGCAGGAGAUCACAGUUACACCUUUUGUUUGCAGCUCCCCUCGACUUUGCCCUCAUCCUUUGAGGGGCGCCGUGGUUAUGUACGAUAUUUCUGCAAGGCCUCCAUCAACCGACCCUGGAAAUUUGAUGAACACACGAAACGAGCUUUCACUGUCAUUCAUCACCUUGACCUAAAUGUUGUACCAACAGCAGGAAUGCCAGUAUGGGGAGAGCAAGAUGAGACAAUCGAAGGCAUUUGCUGUUCUUCUGGAAAUGUCCAGAUAAGGCUAGCCCUAAACAAGACUGGCUAUGUUCCAGGGGAGCCAGUUAUUUACACUAUUGAUGUUUUUAACAAGUGUGACUUCAAUAUUGAACAAGUAGAGCUAGAACUGAAGCAGUUGGUAACAUAUACAGGCUACUCCAACUCCAUCUUCUCUUCUGGCCACCCAAAGCAUCACACAAAGCUUGAUACUUUUUCUCUCUUCUCCACGACCAACCGCAUUAAGAAAAACUGUGAAGAGCACAUCAAUCGAGCAGCUCCUGUUCCAGCCUUGCCCCCUUCAAGGCUUGAAGGAUGUGGCAUCAUUGACAUUUCAUACUUCGUAGGGCUGAAGGUUCAUGUGCGGUGGACUACUGUUACUUUGGAGAGAGAAAUCGUCAUUGGAACCGUCCCCAUGCGAUUUGUUCCCUCCAGAGAAUCAGCCAGCCCAGCUCGCUCCAUAGCAACUGCUCCCUCAGCUCCUCCCAUGGAGCCUCCACCCUAUUCAGAACCUCCCCCAUCAUAUGAAGAAAGUGUAUUCGGUCGUGUAGAGAUUCGUGAUGAAAAUGAUGAUGAACACACUUCAGGUCAGAUGGGUUGGGCCCCAUCUUACCCUGUCUACCACUAUGAUGCUGCACGGCAACAUUUUCAGAUUCUUCCAGCAGUUCCAGCACAAGAGGUUCCAUCUGGAGCUCCUCCAGCAUACAACCAGAUCUGAUCCUGAGAAUUUGUCAUUCCCAGCAUGUUACCACUCCUCAUGAAGUGCACUGAACAUGAAGCUAAACAGUUUCAAAAGUCAAGGUCACAUCUCUUCCUUUCAGUCUAUUCAUGCUUUUUCAAUUAUUUGCUUUUGAGAUUGGCUUCAUUUGACUGUAUGAUCUAAAUGUGUAAACAUUGAGAAACAGAUUCUCAUACUAAUGUCUAUAAGACAGUUAAGUUUGGAGAGAUCUUGUCUCAGAACAUUUUCUUGAACUCUUUGGUUGCAUGAGGUAACAUUAAUUUGUUUUCUUUUUUAGCAUAAAAGUAAUUAUAAGGCAUGUUUCCCCUUUGCACAUUAGGGGCAGUUUAUGUAAUAAAUGGAGAAACAAGCUCAUUCAACCCAGUCAUGGUCAGUGAUUUGAACAACCGAUCAGUUUCUUUUGAUUAAAUUUUCCUUUUUGAAGAUUUUCAAUAUUUGGGAAGAAAAAUCUCAGAAGCGUGUAUCUGUAGGGAGUGAUGCAUGUGCGUGUCUGUGUGUGUGUGGGCAUGCAUGCAAAUGGGUAUGUGUGUAGGCUCACACAUGUGUACUGUUAUGCAUACUUUUUGAGGAUUUUUUUUUAAUUAAGUGUAAAGAGCACAAUUUCAUCUUUCAGCCUUUUUGUUUCAUCUGUUUUUUGUUUCUCGGGGUUUUUUUUGCUGUUGUUUGUUGUCUUUAAGAUGUCUUGAAGAAAAUGGUUGUUGCAAGAACCUAACAUGGUCUGACAGCUUUGCAAAACCCCAGGAUUUUCAAACUACAAUAUAUUAAGACCACCCAUGUUAUCACCUUGUUAAUCUUAUUAGAUGCUCACUCUCCAUGCUUGGUCAGUUCUGCAUUAUGCAUGAUAGGUUCAGAAAUCCUUGCACUUAAAUAGUGCAUGUGAUGCAUAUGCUGUGAUGACACACAGUGUCUACACUGAUAUGUGCCAGCUCUUUCAUUUAUGGAAAACAAAUGACCAGUCGCACAAUGACUGUAACUGACGUUGACUUCACUAUAUGGAAAUGAUACCAAGUUCACAUUCAAAGAGGAAAUACCCUAUUGUGUGCCAAAGUAGUCUGGAUUAGCAUGGACUUCUGCACAAUACCCAGAGGACAGAACAAUACCCAGAGGAGUGGAUAAGACACUUUGCAACAAAUUUACUCUUGUGCAUGGAAAGUAUGUGUUUUGAUCAUGAUUUGCUGAACAAAUUUUUUUUUUCCAGAACAGUAAACUCAAUUCAGGGAUGUAAAACACUUUGCUCGUAGAAGACUUCAUUGAGACAGUUUUGAAGGAGUGAUAAUUGUAUAGCACUUACUGAGGAUAUUCAGGUAAAAACAAAUAGGAUCUUUGAAAUGUAUUUACUUUUAUUUACUCUUUGUGUGUGUGUGAGACAUGAGACUAUGUAAAGGCCUUUUUCUGAAGGCAAAUGUACUAUAGGUAACUUGCUACUGUUACUGUCAUUAAUGAACACUGUUACUUUUUCUACAUCAAAAUUUGUUUUGGUAGAUUAGCACAUUAAAAACAACUUUAAAACCUUUAUUUAAAAGACUUAAAUAAAGGAGUGUGGCAGAUGUAUAUGUGUGUGGGAGGGGAUCACAUGCAUGUCUGCAUGGUGCAUUGUGCAUGUGUGUAAACAAUGCAUUUCAAUCUCUACACAUCCUUUUAAUGUUUUUAUCUCCACCACCAGCUUGCUUUCGUUAUAUCAGUCCAUGUAUUUCAUCAUAUGAGUUGUUUAGGCUCUUUAAUUUUUGUUUGCAGAAGACAGGAAGCUAGUACGGGAUGGGGUAUUUGUACUAUUAGGACUAUUGUUAUUGGUAAUUAUGUCCAGAUCUUGGAUGAAAAUUAAUCAGUAAUCACUCUGCUAAAGCUGAAAGUAAAAAAGUAUAAUUAUUAGAUAUCUUAUGAUAUAACAAAGAAGCUGAUUUAUUUUAUUGGGCCAUUUUACUGGAUUAUGAACUUUGAUAUGUUUAUCUGCAAGUUAUCUGUUUAUGUUAAAAAAAUAAAGGUUAUGCAUGUGUGUGAAGAGAACGUUAAAGCACAAUACAUUCAAGCAUUAAAGCACAAUACAGCUUCAUAUUCAGUAUGUUCAUUGCUGGCUGUAACUUUUUGGAGUGGGAACUCAAAAUAUAGAGCAGUGCACAUACUGGUACAGGCUGGAAAAUGCCAUACUGCAUCUUCCCAAAAUUCUAGUAAGUACAAGCCCUUAUUUAGCAAGUGCACAAAACUAUGCAUAAGUCAAUGUUCUGGGCCUUUUCUGCUGCUGGCAAGGUAUUAAGACUGUGCUUUGAAAGAAAGAUUAAAUAUCUUCCCCACAAGCGCUGUGUAGGAGCUUUCUGGGAUCUGUUUUAGCAGAUUGCUUUGUGCUAGCUUUUGGUUCAAAGGAUUUAUUUUUGUCCAGUGGAAAUAUUCUUUAUUCUGUUUUGUUGCAUAGGAUUUCAUCAUAUGAAUGUUUCAGGCUCCCUUAAAUAGGAUUUUUUAUGUGAAUAUUGUUUGUUGUCCUGUUAUUUAGGAAAUUUUUAUGUAAUUAAGCUGUUGUUUCACUAUAGCUUUUCCUGUUGCAUCCGGAAGUCUAUAUGCCUUCACCAUUUGUGAUGUGAUCUCUUUAAUGGAUAUAUGCUUUUAUAUGUUUUCCAUUUAACAUGGCUUUUCUGAGAUAUGUAUAAUUAUAAAAUUUUCAGAUUGACAUCACAUCAAUGAAUUUCAGUGCUAUAGCAAGUAAUUGAGAUUCACCUGAAAUAUUUCUUUGCCAUUAUUUUGUCUGUUAUUACAAUGCAUUUUUGCCUGAAAGCUUUCUUUAUGUGUUUAGUAUUGAGAGUUAAUUUUUAGGAUCUGGUGAAAAGCCUGGUUACAUAAAUUCUCAUCUCUCCAUUCCAUACACAAGGGUGCUUGUACAAUCCAUUUACAGGCACGUAAAAGAUAGGGAACGGAAAUAAAGCAUGUUUGUACAGCUCAUCCUAGACCUUUAGUGUGUUGAAUGUCAUAAACAAUGGAAAGUGCACGUCGAAGUUUUUUUGUUUCUUUUCUAAUGAAUGAAAUUGACAUAUUUCAACAGUUUGCAGCUGUGUGUUAAGGUAUAAACAGAUGUUACCUUUGACAUUAGAUCACAUUGUUGAAUUUAAAACUUUCGAUGGUUCACAGCAGUAUUCCUGCAUUUGAUGUUUUGUGGCAUCUUCAAGUUUGAACCUUAAGCAUAAGGAACACCUCUACAGUGACAAAAGGAACUUGACAUUUUAGAAAUGGUUAUUGUCUGUCUUUCUCACAAACAUUUGAAAAACAUGUUUUGUAGGCUUAAUUUUUGAUUUUAUAUAGUUGAUGCUGAAGCCCACUUUCAGUUUGUUGUUUUCUUUAAUUUGUGUAGUUUGUUCUUUAAAAAUUAACAGGCUGCCUGAUAAAACAAGCAUGAUACUCACUUAUCUACAAGUCAUCAGUGACUGACUUACUGUUGCACUUUCUGUGCUUUGGUGCUUUCAAUAAUUUUUUUUAAAGAAGUAUUAGUAUGCUUCUAAUUGUGUUUCCCUUUGAUUUUUUUUUUAAUCCUGUGAUAUACAGCAUAUGAAAAUAGUCUGCAAAAUGGUCUUCUUUGGAGACAGCGUUGUAUUUAUAUGUAUCAACUGCAUUGCUUGUCCAAUGUCAUUUUGAUUUCCCAAGUCAUUGCUGGUAAGUGUUUGUGUCUGUCCUUGCCAGUGAUAACUGUUGAUGUUCACUACUUUUCUGUGCAUGCUGAGGUCUAAAUUUAAAUUUGUUUAAAAUAACUUUAGUCAUGCAUGAUAACUUGUUUAUAAAUGUAAACUUUAUUUUCACUUACACCUCCUUAUGCACGUAGUAUUGGUUGAGCAUAUAUGAACCUUACUGCGCACAAAAUGUGUAAAUAUGCUUUUUACUUAAAUUGUGCAUUUUUUAUUUUAUGAUAUUCUAUAGCUUCAAACUUGUUAAGAAGGUCUAUUCUUUAAUUUUCUAAAAAGUGUUUUACAGAGUUAUUAUGACAGGAUCUUCUUUCAUUAAGUUGUUUUACAAACAUUCAAUUUUUCAUGGAAGUAGUGAAAUCAUUUGAAAAUGGAAUCAUGUAAUGGAACUUAUUUCACACAAAGGGUAUCUAAGAAAAUAAUCCACAUUAAUUAUGAAGAGCAGUAAGUAGGCAGUGUAUUUAUAUCUAAAGAUAUGUCAGGCUCGAUUUACUAGACAAAAAUAGGUAAAACAUUUCAUUUCAACAUUUUCAUUUAUUAUUCUUGGGUUUAUUAUUUUGAUUGUUUAUCUUUUUUUGUUUUCUUUUAUAUUUCUGUAUUCUGAUAUGUGGAUUUUAAAAAAAUAAUUUCUCAUUGUUUUUUUUUUCAUGUCGUUUUUUGUUGUUUUUUUUUAGAAAAAAGCUUUGCAGUAUAUUUUGCCAUGUUUUUAUCGCAGAAGUAUUUGCUCGAACCUGUCAUUGUUUCCAGUUUUAUUGUAUUUUCUUGCCUAUUUAUAGCUAAACCUCAUUGUAUCUCUUUAUAUUUUUCCCUUUUUGAAAUACAUUCCUUAUUGAUAGAAGGAACUCCGUAGCUGCAUUGAAGCAGUUAUUGCCCUUGUCUGAUAACAAAAAAGUGUUCAAUAGGCAGGCAUAGACAGAGAUGAUCUCAUGAAUUUUAAUCGUCUCCACAAAGGAAGUAAGCACAUGGCAUAGAACACCAUCUUCAAAACCAAAUAGCAGCGACAGUUCAAGUCUUGUUGGUUUUCUGGAGCUGCAGACAUUAAGAGGCGCCAUUCUCAAUUCAGCUACUACUUAACAGUCACUUCUUAUAUUCCAGCUGCUGUCUGUUACUUUGGCUUUCUUGCUGGUGUCAUAUCUAUGCCAUGAGUAGAAAUCAUGAUGACCAAGUUUACUCACUUAGCGGUAUCAGGAAAUGAAAGCUAGUGCUUGUUUAUCCACAUUCUCAACUGACAGCCUUCCAAUUUCCAAAAUAAAGGCAUUUUGAUGACUGCUGCCUUUGAGCUUUUCUUUUUCCUUCUAUGAUGUAUUCUUCAGGCCUAUGAUAUUGGCUCACAACAUGGUGGGCUUUUUACAAAUUUAGUUUGCACAUUGCGAAGUCUUUCAAUUUUCAUUGAUAGGAUUUUCUACUAGCAUAACUGGGCCACCAGUUUAUUAUAAGUGCUUGCUAUUGACUUUGUGAUGCUGUUUUAUGCUGUACAUUCUUCAGUUGUUGUCUUUUUUAACCUAAGCACUUACAGUACUUGCCGAGAAUAAAAAACUGAGAUAUAUAUAUAUACCAAAUAAUUUUGUAUUCAGACAAAGGUCAGUUUUUGAAAACAAGGUAUUCUUAGGGGGUUGGGAUACAUUUUUCAUGUCCUGCUGACCUGUUUUAUUUUUAUUAACACUACUCUGCAGCUGAUUUGAUCCCUGCUCAGUCUUUUCUUGACAAUCCACUGUAUGCAUUCAAAAGAAGCCCAUAUUUCUACCUCUUUCAAGAUUUUAUCUAAAAAUACAUUAAUAAAGCAGUCACUGUGGAUGGCUUGAAAAUGAUUUAAAAUGGUCAUUUACUUUUAAUAAAGAUAAAGCAAAGAAAAUGAAGAGUACAAAUCUUUGGUGUCACUUGAAGAUACCUUUGGCGAAAACAAAUCCCUUGGUGACAAUUCAAAAAAAUCUGUUUGUCUGUUAUAUUUGAAACCUUGUAUCUGUUUUGUUAAGCUAAGGUACAUAAGAAAAAAGCUUUGAGGAUGCUUCCAGGGCUUCUGCUAAGGCUAAAUUAUUUGGGGUCCCAGGGACCCCUUCUUCAGAUUUUUAAGGGGUCCCUGUUCUUCCCACAACUUUGAAUGGGACCCCAUCGACGAAAAUUGAAGGGGUCCUCCGAACUUUUAAUGCGUACUGUACGCAAUUUUUUGCGUAAGCAGAAGCCCUGUGCUUCUAUUGAAGUUUUUCUAUGUUUAUUGUUACUAUAACAUUUCUACAUAAGUAAACAGAUAAACUGGUAGGUAUAUGUGCAGUCUCAGUUUGUAAACCUUUCAUCUGAAUCCAUACAAUUUUCACUUGAAUUCUUUUGGCACUUUCUUUAUUGUCUUUUUUAUGUGAGGCAGGGUACAGUGUAGGUUUAUAAUAUCAGUCCUUACAGGACAUAAUGUAAAUGGCCUAAAAGCAAGCACCUCAGCUCCAUCCAAAAAUGUGCAUAAAUAUAGUCAUUGUAUGUGAUCAUUGUGUAAACAUUUAAAUGUGGAUUUCUUUCAUUUCCUAGAGCUGCUUGAUUAGAGAGUAGCCUGUCUUGAUGUCACUACAGUUUUCAGUGUAAGCACCAAGUACAAUCGUGUUAAUCAGGUGUAAAGACAUUCCUGACCAAGCAGCUACUUUUUUCCUCCACAUUAAUGGCAUUUGUAUGCAAUAUAUGACCAAGACUCCACUGCUUAUGUUAGCUCACUUACUUUUUCUUGCUUAUUUCAUUUCACCAAUUUUAUAGCGCUUUGCUUUCACCAAAGGAAGUAGACAAGUCAAAUUUAGCUUUCCUUAAUGGAAUUCAGAAUGUAAAUCUUUUUUUUUCUUUUUUUUUUUUGAAGUUUGGAUUUUUAGUACUUAUUGGUGGACUUUUUCUUGAGAUAUGUUAUACAAAUGUGUCUUAAAGGGUUGCUUAUUAGUAAAAAGUCUUUUGGAGUAAAAAUACUGUUCACAUAAACUCAGUGAGCAUGCUUCCCAAACUUCCCUGCUAUGGCCUCUUCUUAAGGAAAGACAUAAAUUACCAAUCCUUAUCAAAUCUCUACAAACCUAGUCAUUAGAUUAAAAAAGGGAUUUACUUUUUUCUCAAGGAUAAAUAAUGACCCUUAAGGAAGCCAUUUUUUUAAUAUACUUUUGAAGAUUUGUUGAUUUUGAUUUUUUUUAAUUGAGGAACCUGCCACUGGCUGGAUUACCCUAACAGAAAAUGUCACCACUUGACCAGUGGCUAUUUUCUGUGAAAAAAGAGGAUAGGCCAGUGUCUGGUUAUGUACUUAUCUUCAUUUUAUCAACAGUCAAUAAAUACAAGCAUGAAGCAAUAUUUUAAAUUUGGUGUUUUGGGGGUUGAAGGGAGAAACACUUUAACAUGUUAAUUGUGAGGACAUAGGACAUAAUACUACUGGUGUUAUUACAUAAUCUUGAUGAAUGUCUUUAAGCAUUAACAUUAAAGAAUUGAUAAAUAAAAAAUACUUAAAUUUUAAUACUAGGUUGCAUUUGUGCAUCUUGUACAUAUUGGGAGGAAUGGGAGAGAGAGAGGGUGAGAGAGUAAGUGUGACGGGAAUCCUGUGGUUUUUUGUUUUUUUUUGAGGAGUUGAUAUUAUUUUGUUUUUCAGAAGAAGGGGAUAUGGAGAGGAUGGCCGUGUUCAAUGUUUUGCUUAUCAGAAUAAACGUCUAGUCAUUUUUAUGCAGCCCAUCUUUAGUGGCAAGUCUGUCUUUUUCAUUCAUUAUGAAACUUUACUGGAUGACUAUAUUUGCAUUUUUUUACCAAUUGACAUCAGAGCAUGGUAGUUAAUUUUUUGUCAGGGACUCUCAAGAGUGCUGUUUGGUUCACAAAUGUACAAUAUUACUCCUUAUUUAUUCUUGCAGAGGACUUGCUGGUUGCCAUUUGACAGUUUUUAUGACAAUAUUUUUCUUUUAAUGUAGUUGGUAAAGGUUGAUAAAGGUAAUCAACAGUACUGCAUGUAAAUUCUUUUAUAAAUUGGCUGUCAGAUGCAUUUAUCUUUGACUGCCAGCUGUGAAAAUAAGAAGUUACUAACAAGACAUGAGGUUUGUAUAAGGCUGUUAUGUAAUGUCUGCAAAUGAACUUUGUUUAUUAGUGUAGUUAAAAUGGUAUAGCUAGAAAAAGAAUGAAUUCAGCAUUGAUACCAUCUGUAUUACACGUCAUUUCUUUGCAAGUAUGUUUUUGUUGUUUUACUGCAUUAAAAGAACAACUGUACCUCUUGUACAAAACCAAGUACUGAUUGAU